AUGAAGGCCUCCAUCUUCGCUCUCGCUCUUGCCGGUGCUGCUAGCGCCCACACCACUGUUUACAGCAUUUCUGUCAACGGAAAGACCCAGGGUCUCGGAAACGUUCAGGGCGGAUACAUCGACUCUCCUCCCAACAACAACCCCAUCGUUGAUGUCACCUCUAAGGCUAUGGAGUGCAACGUAGCCAACAUCAAGGCUUCCAAGUCCGUUGCCGUCAACGGUGGUGAUGAGAUUGCUGUUGAAUGGCACCACAACAACGCUGACGCUAGCGACGACAUCAUCGACCCAUCCCACAUGGGACCCAUCACUGUCUACAUGUCCAAGGCCGGUUCUUCCAUGUCAUGGACAAAGAUUGCCGAGGACGGCUACGAUGGCAAAUCAUGGGCUGUUGACAAGCUUAUCAAGGGCUCAUACACUGGCAAGCCAGGACAGCACAAGUUCACUCUGCCCAAGGUUGCACCUGGCGAGUACAUCAUCCGCCCCGAGAUCAUUGCCCUCCACGAGGGUGAUCGCAUUGGUGGUGCGCAAUUCUACCAGGAGUGCAUCCACGUAAAGGUCGGUGGCUCUGGUACCACUGCUCUGCCCGCAGGUGUUGCUAUCCCUGGUCACCUCAGCGCUCAGGACGCUGGUGUCCACUUCAACCUAUACGGCUCAUACUCCAGCUACCCCAUUCCGGGCCCGAAGCUCUGGAACGGUGCCGGUGCUGCUGCCCCUGCUGCCCCUGCUGCCCCUGCUAAGCCUACCACCACAAAGGUCGCCGCACCCGCCGCUACCACCACCAAGGCUGCUGCCCCUACCACUACCAAGGUCGCUGCUCCCACUACCACAGCCAAGACCACUCUCGCCACUGUUGCUAAGCCUGCUCCUACUGCCGGCGGUGCUACCGCUCAGAAGUACGGCCAGUGCGGUGGCCAGGGCUACUCCGGUGCUACCAGCUGCGCUUCAGGCUGCAAGUGCGUCAAGCAGAAUGACUGGUACUCCCAGUGCUUGUAA